UAUUUCCUUGUAACUCAUUCUCUCUCAGAUACUCAUUAAUUCACCUGAUCUCCCUCCCAGCUGUAAUUUACAGCAGCCAGCUAUCCUAUCAACCCAUACAUCUUUGGUAUGUAGGAAGAAACCAAAGCACAUAGGAGAGACAUUCGGUAAUGUGGAGAGUCCACACAGGCAGUAUCAAAGGUCAGGAUUGAACCAGGGUCACUGGAGUACUAAGGCAAGGCAUUAUCUGUAAUGCUGCCCUAUUACAAUUGACAUCACAUAUUUAUGGAAGGCUUCCCCUAAACCAUGGUCAACAGGGCUCUCAAAUACAUACCUUUAUUUUCUGUAGCUCUGCUCUCCCCCUCUCUCCUCUCACCCAUAUAUAAUGUUCAACAGUCUGCUAGUUGUUGGGAAGAAGCUGUUCUUGAACCUGGAGGUCACAUUUGUCAGAAUCCUCUACUUUGUUUUCCCCGAUGGCAGGAGUAUGUGGCCAGGGUGGUGGGCAUCCUUGAAGAUGCCGGCUGCCCUUUUGAGACAGCGCCUCCUAUAGAUCCCAUCAAUGGUGGGGAGGUCAGUGUUGGACAGGGCAGUGUCCACCACUUUUUGUUAUCCCUUUUGUUCCUGGGCAUUUCAGUUGCAGAACCAGGCUGUGAUGCACCAGUCAAUAUGCUCUCUAAUGUACACCUGUAGAAGUUCAAGCGAGUAUUUGUUGACUCACCGAAUCUCCUCAAUCUUCUACAGUUGUACAGGGUCUUGGUGAGACCACACCUGGAGUAUUGUGUACAGUUUUGGGUCUCCAAAUCUGAGGAAGGACAUUAUUGCCAUAGAGGGAGUGCAGAGACGGUUCACCAGACUGAUUCCUGGGAUGUCAGGACUGUCUUAUGAAGAAAGACUGGAUAGACUUGGUUUAUACUCUCUAGAAUUUAGAAGAUUGAGAGGGGAUCUUAUAGAAACUUACAAAAUUCUUAAGGGGUUGGACAGGCUAGAUGCAGGAAGAUUGUUCCCGAUGUUGGGGAAGUCCAGGACAAGGGGUCACAGCUUAAGGAUAAGGGGGAAAUCCUUUAAAACCGAGAUGAGAAGAACUUUUUUCACACAGAGGGUGGUGAAUCUCUGGAACUCUCUGCCACAGAGGGUAGUUGAGGCCAGUUCAUUGGGUAUAUUUAAGAGGGAGUUAGAUGUGGCCCUUGUGGCUAAGGGGAUCAGGGGGUAUGGAGAGAAGGCAGGUACGGGAUACUGAGUUGGAUGAUCAGCCAUGAUCAUAUUGAAUGGCGGUGCAGGCUCGAAGGGCCGAAUGGCCUACUCCUGCACCUAAUUUCUAUGUUUCUAUGUUUCUAAAGAUGGGCUUUCAUUAAGAUUGUCGACAAUGUUCCUGCAAGCAAGACUGUUCAUUGCACAAUUCCUCGCCAUACUCACACGUAUAAAAAUAAAUUUGAACUUGAACUUGGUGAAUUUAUCUGGUUUAUGUUGUUGUUUCUGUGAACUUUUGUACUGCAAUGUUUACUGGUGAAAUGAUGGAACCAAACGAACUCCAAGACUUUGAAUGUCGAUUUGAAUAAGAAUCUCCCAUGGGAACCAUGAGUACAGUGUUCCCAUAUAGGGUGAUUUUUAGUAAAUCAGAAGAGAAACCUAAUGUGAGAGGCAAUCCUAAUACCUGGGAUUCAAUAACCUUAACACAUCUAGCAUGACAUUUUCAUGCUGAGAGCUUUGACAAUGAUCAGACAAUUAUGUGCUUCCAAAUUUGGGCAGAAACUAGAGAGGAUAUUUUUGGGAUGCAUGAAGUGAAGGCAAUGUGCAAAUGGGCAGAGCUGGAGAAUGGAAAACAUGCAGCUGCAGUGAAAAUUCCUGCCAGUAUUACAGGGGCUGCAAAAAGAUCAUCUUCAUUCGCAUUUGAAAAGCAUUUUACCCUACCUGACCUCAAGCAGUGCAGCUGCAUGCCGACAUGUCUAAUUGGCAGCAGGCAUCCUGUAAAUGGUUGCACUUUGUAGGCCAAUCACUGUGAAGAUAUGCAGAUGUUUUGUUCCAUUUACACCAUUUGUCUCCUACAGAGGAAUGACCUCAAUUCAUUGUGAGGUCACCACCAAUGGACACUGCUGUCUUUCUGCACCCUGGGCAGAUGAGUGACAGUCUGGAAGACUAGUAAUAAUCAGACGUUGGCACACAAGGAAAGAAAAUUUGCCCCAACAGUCUAUGACCCAUAACACUGUGGCAGGUAACACUAUAUUUAAAGCCCAUAGCGCUGUAGCCGACAGCACUUUGUUUAAAUCCCCACGUGCUAUGCUGACAGCGCUUGAUUUAAACCUUUGACGUGCCUAGUCUGUAGUGCUGUGUGUUUUGCUCUAUGCGCAGUCUGUGUCCGGUAGUGCUUUCUUCCCAAAGGGGGAGGGGGCUUGUCGGAUGCAGUCCCCUGCCAUUGGGUGCAGUUUGAAUUUGGAAGCGGCGCUAUUGGCCAGGACUUACCGGCGGUUAUUUCAGCAGCUGAUUUCUGCUUGUACAAAGCCAUAAGGUAGUUCAAGUACGAGAGGGGUUCACCGACGGACUGAAUCGCGACCAGCGCCACGGACGGAGGCAGGGAAAGAACGAGGUGUGCUGCUGUAAAACGAACCCCGUGCAUAUCAAGACAAGUAUUUUUUUGUUCCCUCUCACCAAUAAAUUGAAUUUGUAAUUAAACAGUCGAGUGAGUCUUUUUCUACUAGCCAGAUCAUUGAACCUGUUCCCUUGUAACAAUUGGCGUAGUCGGCAGGAUCUGAUGAAUAUAGAAAAUGUUUGGUAAAAAGAAAUAGCAAACAAUAUGGCGCUGGUGCAGGCCAAGCGCCCCCGCAACGUGCUGCUGCCUUCAAUACAGCGGAGCCCGCAGCAGGCGGUACCAAAAACCUCCAGUCUACAAGCUCCACUAAUGGAACGAGUCAUGAGGGCGGUUUAUUGUUGUAAAUUUCACCUGAAUGGAUCAACGCUGGCAUCUGCAGGAUUUGAUCGACGUAAUAUAUAUGGCUACUGCGAUAAUUAUGCUACAUGGAAAGGUAACAGUGGAGCAGUGAUGGAAUUGCAUUGUAACACAGAUGGCAGCAUGCUUUCUCCAGCAUCAACAGAUAAAACUGUAGCAGUGUGGGACAUUGAAACGGGUGAAAGAAUCAAGAGACUUAAAGGUCACACAUCCUUUGUGAAUUCAUGUUAUCCCGCCCAACGGGGACCACAGUUGGUCUGUACAGGAAGCAACGACGAAACAGGGAAGCUAUGGGACAUUAAGAAGACGUCUGAAACCCAUACAUUUCAAAUCGCGUUCCAAGUUCCGGCAGCAACGUUUAAUGACACAAGUCAUCAGAUUUUCUCUGGUGGUAUUGAUGACGGCAUUAAGAGUUGGGACCUCCGAAAAAACAAGUUAAUUUAUACCAUGGGUGGUCAUACAGACUCAGUGACUAGUUUGACCCUCAGUUGGGUAAAAGAGAACAUCACCAACCUCGUUGACCACAUCCAGGAAGCCAUGGAGAAGAUUCAAAGGGUCAGAGAACAAUACCACGACUACAAUCCCUCGGAAGGAUGGUGGCCUUUUAGGAUGUUUGGAGGCUGGUAGACAAGUAGUGCACUGGGGACUGACCAUUGGGACAACCUUGUUGGCCAUAAUAUUACGAUGUUGUAUGUGCGGAUUGGCAGCAAGAUUGCGGGGACUUUACUACAACCUGUGGGCCAGAUGUAACGAGGUAACACCUGCGGAUCAGAUGUAAUGAG